GUUAGGUUAGCGCGAGGCGUGACCUAGUUGACAGGCGCUGAGGUGCUGCUUUGGCGGCGGCCGCGGGGCUGAGGCGGGUGGGAGCCGAAGCGGAGCGCGGGCUGAGAGAAGCGACUGGCGAGCGGCGCGGGACUCGGAGCCUCUUGCACUUUUUUCCUCCCGAGUGUCCCCUCCCACCCCUCCCACUCCACACACACCCUGUUUGCCCGUGAGCCUGGGGAACUUGCAGCUUAAAGCCAGCCACCCCCACGGCAACAUGUACCCCAGCAACAAGAAGAAAAAGGUGUGGAGAGAGGAGAAAGAACGUUUACUGAAGAUGACCUUAGAGGAGAGACGCAAAGAAUACAUAAGGGACUAUGUUCCCCUGAACACCAUCCUAUCGUGGAAGGAAGAGAUGAAGGGCAAGAGCCAAAAUGAUGAAGAAAAUACUCAGGAAACAUCACAGGUGAAGAAAAGUUUGAGUGAAAAAGUUUCUCUCUAUAGAGGUGACAUCACAUUGCUAGAGGUAGAUGCUAUAGUCAAUGCGGCAAAUGCCAGUCUUCUUGGAGGAGGAGGUGUGGAUGGCUGUAUUCACCGAGCAGCUGGCCCCUGUUUACUGGCAGAAUGUCGUAACCUGAACGGCUGUGAAACUGGACAUGCAAAAAUCACAUGUGGCUAUGACCUGCCGGCAAAAUAUGUCAUCCACACUGUAGGACCAAUAGCCAGAGGCCAUAUUAAUGGUUCCCACAAGGAAGACCUUGCAAAUUGCUAUAAAUCAUCUCUGAAGCUGGUGAAAGAAAAUAACAUCCGAUCAGUUGCAUUUCCCUGCAUCUCAACCGGCAUUUAUGGAUUCCCGAAUGAGCCUGCUUCCAUCGUUGCCCUCAGCACCAUUAAGGAAUGGCUGGCCAAGAAUCAUCAUGAGGUGGACCGGAUCAUCUUCUGUGUCUUCUUAGAAGUUGACUUUAAAAUCUACAGAAAGAAAAUGGGCGAGUUUUUCCCUGCAGAUGAUAAUAAUGAAGAAGAUGUUAACGUGAAAGAAGAUUCAGAGGUGUUAGAGCCAAAAGGCCUCUCUCCACCCCACAAGAAGAGCAAAGCAAAGAAGCCAGAGAGUUCCAAAGACUCUAGCGAAGAUGAGAACAGUCCAGAGGAAAAACAAAGCACAGAAGAAACGGAAGGGCAGAGCCAAGAAGCAGAUGGUGUCGAUGUGGCAACUGUGCCCAGCCCCGCUUCAGAAGAGGCCACUGAAGUCUGUAAAGAUGAAGAUUCUGCAAAGGACGAUAGUAUUACAAAAGACGAUGAAGUAACAGAUCAUUCUGUGUGUGACCCAGAUCAUCCCAAUGGACAAGAGCAUGACUCAGCGAAGAAUGAGAUAAAAAUUGAGGCAGAGUCCCAGAGCUCACAUAUGGAAACUGAAGAGCUUUCACCAAACCAAGAUGAUGCCACGACUGUUGAGCAACCAGAAGUGAUCCUGCUAACAGAUGACCAAGAGGAAAAAGAAGGUGAAAAAGCUCAAGACGAGGACACACCUAGAGUUCCUGUGCAAAACGAAGGCUCUGGCUACACAGAAAACUCUCCGAGUCCUGAUGUUGAAAUGAAUAGUCAGGUUGACAGUGUAAAUGACCCAACAGAGAGUCAGCAAGAAGAUUAACUGAUAGGGGCACAAGAUGAAGCAAAGGAACAAAGAAAUGGAAGUAAAUCACAGUCCUCAGCAUCGCAGGCCUCUCCUGGCCCUGGGGGGGG